AAAAAAGAUGGCGAAGUUACGGAACGUUUUGUGCGGCUUGUUGCAAAUAAGGAGGCAUUACGCCCGGCUUUCGGAGGUUGGACGUUUCCAAGAGCCAAAAACCAGCGGAAAAUACGAACCAGGACAGCUCUUUCUGCACAGAUUAUUUGGUUACAGAGGGGUGAUACUAUUCACUUGGUCAGCAAGAGUUUAUGACAGAGAUAAAGAAACAAGGGAAAAUGAAAAAUCCUUUGAUGAGAAUGGAUCAUACAAUCCUGGCAAAGAGAUCAAGGCAGAAACACAGACAUACUAUCAGGCACUAAUUGAUAACAGAGAUUCACCAUUUGUGAGAGCUCAACCAGAAAUUGUGACCUUCCUUGGGUAUGAAAGUGACAAUGCUCUUUAUACAAUUCCAGGUCUGGACUACAUUUCCCAGGAGGAUAUCCUUCCCUAUAUGGUUUCCGAUGCAUUUUCCCGUCCAAUCCACCAUGAACUGUUUGAUCGCUUUUUGUAUCCUGAACCUGGAAGAGAACCGUCUUUUGCUGCACGAGAAGCACUCCAAUCCUGGCAGGAGAAGAAUCAUAAGUGGUUAGAAUUAACAGAUGUACACAGAGAGUCAACAAACAAUGUAAGGAUUACUGUAAUGCCAUUCUACAUGGGAAUAAAGAACACGCUUCCAACGCCGGAUUAUUGGUGGCGUUAUUGUAUUAGAAUUGAAAAUCUUGGACAAGAGACUGUACAACUUCGUGAGAGACAUUGGAGAAUAUUUAGUCUGGCAGGCACAUUAGAGACUGUAAGGGGGAGGGGCGUAGCUGGACAGGAGCCUAUUCUUUCGCCGCAACAGCCAGCUUUCCAGUACAGCAGUCACAUAUCAUUACAGGCACCCAGUGGAAAUAUGUGGGGUAAAUAUCGCUUCGAACGCUCAGACGGAAGUACGUUUGAAACUCCCAUUCCUCCGUUUGCACUGGAUAGCAGAGAAGAGGAUACGCCUGAUUCUCCGGGAGCUUCUUGAAAAUGAAUUUAGAAACAUGAUGCCCAGCUUAGCAGCCUUAAUGACUGUUUCUUUUCAGUCAAGCGGGAAUAGCGAGGCCGCGUGAGAGAAUGGGGCGAAAGCGUUGGGAAAAAAAAGAAGAGCGGAAGAGAGGGAUGGGGAAACAAAGGUCCAAUUGCAUUGUCUGUCGCAGGACUUCAAUUGCGCAACUACGUAAUUGGAGGAAAUAGUGACGCAGAGCGAAACAAAGAAGGGAAGUUUGGGGCAGAUCGCGUGAACCCGACCUAGGCUCCGUGCGUUUCUUGCUCUGUGGUAGUAUCUCGCGCGCUCCGUAUACAAACUUCAGUACUGGAACAGCCUGAAAAUGUCUGUGCUCGUCUGUAGGAUCUUCUCUUUCUUCCCGUGUCUUUCUUCCCGUUCCUUAUCCCACUUACCGCUCCAAUUGAUUUUUUUUUUCUCUUAGUAAAGUUUUGGCUGAGAUUUUGCUAUUUUUUUUUUCGCUCUUUGCUUGCUAUUUGCUCACUUUUCGUUUGCCGUUUGCACUCUCCUAACUGUUUUUUGCUCACUUUUCGCACUGACUCCCGCUUGGGUAAAACGAAAUGGAAAGACUGCGCGCAAACUAAAUACUUUUCUUCGCGUAAAAGUAAAAGUGAAACAACUGGUGUUUACUUCGUAACCAAACUAACGUAUUCAAUAUUUCAAGAACUAGUCGCCAUGGAAUUCUAGAACACAGAAAAGUGGUCGUGACAUAACAAACUCAGUGGGGUGUCUAAACAUUUGGUAUUAUCAUUGCAUCUGGAAAAAAUGUGAAUAUUGCUUAUUGAGUGAAAGAAGCUGCAUGUUAAAGCUGUUGACAUCAGUUUAAAUUUUUUGUACUAAUUAUGAAACAAUUCCAAUGAAGUUUUCGUGGCCUGACAGACAUGUUUUGUGAUUAUGAUGCCAAUGACAUGCGCAGCAACUGUCGCAAUUGGGAGAAGCGUUGCGUGACACUCUUAGGCGAUGCGUGGUAUAAUAAUCGAGGCAUCGUCGAUUCUUCGUGUGGGGGACAUGUACAGUCGUGGACAGCGUAUUGCCCUCCUUAAAGCACUUAGGAAGGCACUCAAAGAACGAAACCUGUUAUUUUGGUAUCAAUGAAAUGAGGCAAACAUUUCCAAACAUGUAUAUUAUUGUGCAAUAGAUGAUAAGAGACUAGGCGAGUGUAUCGCUAUACGUGUGGUUACUUCAGUGGAAUCAUGGCGGUGAAUACUUUGAACGAACGCCUUUUGAUCUUGUUAGUUUUUUGGUGCCCGACUUUUCCGUUUCUCCCUGAUAAAUGGAGGAACAGAAUUUUUUCUUUUGAAUUCUUUUAUUCAAUUUUUCAUUUUUCCUGGCGCUUUGGAUAGGAAAAGAAAGGAGGGAAGAUAUUACUUGAUUUAGAAAGGACCUGUGAUCUAUACCAUUCAACAUUCGAAAGAGACAAGAAUUUCUCUUUCCGGAUGUUUUGUUUUCGCCGUUCUCAAUCCAUGAUCAAAUCAUUAAGUUCCAAAGUAGCAAAAGCGAGUACUACUUUCAUCCGAAACUGCAUUAGAACUGCCCCUUUAAAAUUCAUUUGAAGUGAAAAGAAAAGAAAAUAGAAUUUUUGUGUUGUAAAACUGACUCAUACAGACCUUGUUGGUCGAUGAAAUCGUAUUUAUCUUCCAAUGUUUUUCAAAGAAGAUCUUACUGCCUGUCAUUAUUUAAUCAUGAAUUGGUGUAUUUCUGAUCAACCAGGCUACGAAGAUAUGAAAGACUGAUUCUAAAAAUAGGCGGAAUGGUGUCAUCCUGACGUUUAAUAGAUAGCUACCUUAAUUUUUAUGUAAAGAAAAAUUAAACA